GAGGCGGAGGACACCCAGGCUGCGGCCAUGCGCCCGCCCCGCGCCCAUCCCCACGGGGACGCCGACCUCGCGCCCACCCAGACCCAGACGAGACACCCCCUCCGCGCCCCGAUCGCCGUGGACCCGCCGGCGCGUCAAGUGACGCCGCGCCCGCUCGGGGUGGGAGGGGCCCCGUCCGCACGUAUUUUCGCCCCUCCCAGUCCGCAGUGGCUGUCCGCACUCGGUGUCCCAACUCACUCUCUGCUCCAGCACCCGCCGCCCACCGCCAGGAUGAUGUGCGGCGGGCUCUCGGACCCUGAGCCCGCCACGGCCGAGACCCAGGCCAUCGCCGACCAGGUGAAGUCCCAGCUGGAAGAGAAGGAAAAUAAGAAGUUCCCUCUUUUUAAGGCUGUGGAGUUCAGGAGCCAAGUAGUCGCGGGGAUGAACCACUUCAUCAAGGUUCAAGUUGGCGAUGAUGACUACGUACACAUUCGAGUAUAUGAAAGACUCCCCCACGAAAAGAAGCCCCCGGCCCUGACCAGCUAUCAGACCAACAAAGCCAGGCAUGACGAGCUGUCGUAUUUCUAGCCCCUGAUUUUAAAUAGGGCCCAUCGUCCACAUGGGUCUCUGUCCUCUGAGGCUGUGUGUUGGGAUCAUAAACUAAUGUCAUCUCUACGCUGUGCCACAUGGGGUGGAGGGUGCUCUGCACCUUUCUGUGCCUCUGUUCCUAACUUUCAUUGUGUUGACUUUUUUCCUCCCCAUCAAUGAUCCUUCAAAGAGGGCUUAUUAUCUUUAUAUAAAUUUUUAAAGUUUACA